AUGAUUCCUAGCGCUCCGGCCUCGGUGACGCCAGAUGCAGCACCGACUCCAGGCCAGACAAAGCUAGCGGCCUGUCUCGAAUGUCGUCGGAGCAAGGUCAAGUGUGCCCGGGAUGCCGGUGCGGCCGGUGCUGCCGUCUGUCGGAGAUGCCAACAAACUAGCCUGCAAUGUAUCACGCCUGAAUACCAUGUCGGGAGGUACAAAGGCGUCAAGAACAAGAGGAGCGGUCUGGAGAAGGCGAUCCAUCAAGUCGAACAGGCAUUGAAGCGGUCCAAAAAUGGCUCCAGAGGACCGGGCUUGGAGAUUGAAACCAAUCUUCGACAAUUGAUUCCACCUCCUCGACCAAGUCCUUCCCUGCGACGAGAUUCCAGUUCGGCCACUUCCAAUAAUGGCAACCAGCAAGAUUUCUCUCGGUCGUCCGUCGGCAUUGUGGGCACGGGUGAGAGUGAGAAUGCACCUACGGAAGCCGGAUAUGACACGUCCCCGGCUGAAGUGGGCGAGAAGCCGGAUGAACUUGCACUCAACAACGCCGACAAUCCUCUACAACUACUUGCCAUGGCUUCGAUUCUACCAGGUCCAUCACCUUCGACGGCAACGCCACCCUUCCUGGCUGGUGCUGCUCCACGACCAGGUGUGAACCAAGAGAACGAAGGCGAUGCCGAGAUACAACAAUUCUUUGCGCCGCCAACGGCGAACCUGGACAAUUCCCCUGACCUCGACCCGAUUGUUCUAGGGCUGGUGACUGCAGAAGAGGCGGAUUCACUCUUCACAUACUUUUACGAGCGGCUUUCGCACACUCGAUGGGGUCUGGAUCCAGUCCUUCACACCCCAGGGUUUGUCCGUUCCAGAUCAGCAUUUCUCUUCACCUCAAUUCUUGCCGCAUCCGCGCUGUUUUUGUCGGAUGCCGAAGCCUUGUCCAGACGACUCUCCAACCACAGAAACCAUCUUGCCCGGAUGGUCAUUUCUAACCGGAAUCGAUCCGUCGAGAUCGUUUUAGCCUUCAUGGUCAACAUUCCCUGGAUGACUCCGGCGAAGCACUGGGCCGACGACGAGACCUGCUCGUAUUUGUCCAUGGCACUCACCCUAGCGCUUGAUCUGUCCCUCAACAAGAUAGUGGUGCCAUCUCCCACCAUCCGUCCAACGGGCUUCUUGGAUCGAGUGGCCAAAGCCGAGUGUAUCGAAGCUACAAAGGCACUACAACUUGACGGGUUUCCGAGUAUCGAUCCUUCUUCAGCGUGCGGGCGACGGCUGCUGAGAACCAGGGAGCGAGCGUGGUUGGCGUUGUUCGUUCUGGACCGUGGUAUCUGCCUGGCAAGAGGCCGACCGUAUGCUGUUCCCAUCGGGCCCUUGGUGGAAAGCUGUGAUGCGUGGCAUAUAUCCGAUAUCGCAGACGAAUGGGAUGGCAGCAUCAUCUCUGCCGCAGUUUUGAGACGAGACCUGGUCGGCCUUAUCACCAGCGUCCGCGAAUUGUGUGACGGGAGCCAAGGCGUCAAUGGUGGCUAUAGAGCAGUCAAAUUUCUCAAAGAAAAGAUCGACCGGUUUUUCGAACAGUGGUAUGCAGUGUGGUCUCUUCAAAUCUCCCAAGGCGACGGUCAACUGCCUCCCUACGUCGAGAUCCUGGUUUCCCACACCAAGCUAUCUACCUAUUGCAACGUCGUCAACCAUCCUACAGCCUCCAACGACGUCAAACAGUUCUUUCGUGCGGCCGGGUUGGCUUCGGCCAUGAAUGUAAUGAGGGCUGCCGUCCAGGGCGAGAACCGGCUUGUAUCCAUGCCGAACAACACUGUCAUCAUGGUAUCCUUUGCGGCAACCUUUACUCUCGCAUUAGGAACGACCAUCACAGGAAGUCGGGCCAUCCUGGCUCCGAAUGCACACGUACUCAUCGAAGACACGAUUCGCGUCCUCGACCGGAUUGGUAGUACUCCCAGGCAUCGCAAGGGCUUGUCGGUAUUGUUUGCGAAGCACAUUCGUCGGAUUCUGCAAAGCUCCAUUCCAAAGCCAAUCGAAGACAACCAAAGCCAUGUCCUGGGGACUUAUGAGGCCUUGCGGCCACGAGAGGCAAACGCGAAAGACAUGACUGCGCAGAAUAAAUCCACCCACGGCGACGGCGAGGAGGGAACCUCAGUGCCGGAUGUGUUUGACAUGACUGACGACCAAAUCCUUGAAGCCAUCAACAACGCCAGUACUUCGCAGGAUUUGUUUCAGCUUGAUGAGACCAUGUUUCUGGACUGGCUGGACUGGCCGAAUGUUACUUGA